GUUUACUUCAAGUAUUUAUAAUUUACUGUUACACUGGUGUCGAAAUAAACACUCUCGGUCGAAAAAGACGAUGUCGUUCCCAUGUUUCUCGGUUCGAAAAGGCAAUGUUACAAUGUCUUGAGCUAUUUUGAACUGGUGCAUUGAAGCCAUCUGGCGGAGGAGGAGCGGCCUAUUCGCAGGUCUUGCUUGCUCUUGCUGUUGUGUCAGUAGAGUGCGCACGACUGUCUGAGCGUCUGGCACCGACUCUUCAUUCAACAAAGAUAAGUAGUGGAAUGCGAUGGCUCACCCUCUUCAUCGCGGUUGCUGCAGCAACUUCAAGGCACGACCACAAGAGCCAUACAGGAGCAGCCACGCAUGGCGUCAUCUGCCGUAUCGUUCGUGUCUGCGCCUUGUCCACCUCGCCGCCGACACAAUGUUGGCGGCAAGACGAACAGUGUCCGCCAUGUCUGAUGGACUUUGGAAACGAAGGCUAUGCAUGCAUGGAAAAGGAGUCCAGUGGCCAAUGCUCGACGCACCAAGUCGACUGCGCCACAUCCAUCCGUCACAACAUGUCGCUGCGGGGCCCAUCGAACGCCAGCAACGUCUCCAGCAUCAUGGUUCGAGAAACGUCCAUGCCCCCGGAAGGCCUAACGACCAUGCACAUCGGCUACAUCAUCGGCGUGUCCGUGUGUGCGGUCGGCAUCGCGGCCUUUCUCUUCCUGCAGUCUCCCACACGAGUGGAGUCCGAUAAGGACGACACUGCCAUGUCGCUUACCCUGGAUUGCAAGAAAAAGUCGCUGUUUCCUCUGUUGGAUUCACGGCGGGCGGGGGACGACGCGGACUUGACAUUUCUCGACACCCAGCAGUUCAUGACCCUGUCCCAGCAGUUUAUGACAAUGCCGAGGCACAUUCCGCUGCUCGAAGAUGGACAAGUGGACAUGGACACGUUGAUGAAGGCCCAUGCGCAAGCGGGAGACAAGGCGGGCAAGCUUUCGAUGGUGACGCCACUCUCGUAUACGUUCUCGUCCCUGAGCGUGUCCGACUCGGAAGCUACACGAGAUGAAUCCAUGUCAGGUAGUCUCUCGUGGUGGAAAGAAAAGCCAUCGUCAUAGCACCAAUAACUUAAUGGAAAUGGUCCUCCUGGACGUUUCGAAUGCAUUUCUUCGCCCGAUUAAAAUGAAAAAAUACAUUUGAAACACG